UGUGUCAUCGCCCAGUUGAAAGGAUUAGAUCAUUUAUUCAUCCGUUAUGGUAUAUGAUAAAGGUGCACCAUUGAAAUGGUUGAAAUUAUUUUCUUUGACGAGGCGCUAGGAUAGAUCUUAUUCAUGUAUUGUUGUAUAUAGCAGGGUGCACAAUUAAAAAUAAGUGUAUGAUAAGAUAUAACUAUGGACGCUGGAACAUGCGACGGGUGUAAUAAGCCCCUCACCCAGACAACAUAUUGUGUUGAGUGUACCCAGUGUUUCUGUGCAGGAUGUACAAAGGUCCACACAAGACAAAAUGCUACGAAGUCGCACAUUCUAUUACGUAUAUCACCGGACGGUUCUGAUGCGUCAAGCACAAAAAUUGGACGAAACUGUGAAAUUUGUGAAGAAAAAAUGGAAGUAGUUAGUUUAUGUGCCUCUUGUAGAGAGAUGUAUUGUACUGAAUGUUCGGGGAGACAUCAUUUAGUGAAAGCGACUAAGGACCACCAGUUGUGCCCUCUAAAGUUAUGGGACUCAAGUCUGGUUACCCGGACUGUGAGUAGUGUAGUACAGGACAGUACGAAAAAGAAAGCACAGGUCAAUGUUAUACUGAAGCAAGAAAAAGACUUAUACAAAGGAAGGUUAAUUUCCGAAAGACCCAGUACUGCACCAGGAGAAACCGCUAUGACACGAAUUAGAGGAAUGACUAUUUUACAAGAUGGUCGUCUGCUUGUCAUAGACAGCAAGAACAAAUGUCUCAAAGUCUUCAAACCGGAAUGGUACGAACUUUUAACGAAGAAAGAAUUAACAGACGAACCACGAGGCAUUGCUGCCGUUUCACACGACGAAGUAGUUAUUACAUUUGCAGAUAAAAAAGAGGUCCGCAUUUACAAGAUUGAUAAAGUCAAUAAUUUGUGGAAAGAGAGAAGUUUUGGAAUAAAGGAUAAACCAUUUAGCAUUUCAUAUAGCCGGAGAUCGUUUGCUAUUGAGUUGGGUGAAGGCGACGAUGGUGAAAUUGCUGUUACAGAUUUUAAUGGUAACAUAACACAUUUAGUGAGAGGUCAAAAUAGUAGUUUCGGUCAAUUUACGGGCAACACAAUUCGGCUAGUUCAUGACAAUGACAAAAAACUUGUGUUCAUUGCGAAUGUUUCCGACGGAUACAUUCACUGUGUUGAUUAUAAAGGAGAAGUCAAGUGGGUAAACAAAAUUAAUACACCAAGGGGCGUGGCUCUUCAUGAACAUACAUUAUUUGUGGCAAGUAAGGCAGAUAAUAAGAUUUACCAGUUAAGCUCAACCAAUGGAAACAUGUAUAGCCUUUUGUCAGACACAGACAGGAUAAGCCAACCAAGAUAUAUUGCUUUUCAUGCGUCACAGGGGAAACUCGCGAUAGAGGUCGGAAGUAGUGUAAACAUAUACACUAUUUUAAAAAAAUUAAAAAAAAAAGAAGUGAUUACUGAAUUCAGAUUUGUUUAAUGUUAAGUGUAUAUCUGGUAAAGUUAUAUCAUAGAACUUACAACCAGAUUACAUGGACUCAAACAGCUAACGGACAUAGAAACUACCACUUAUUAAACACAACUAUUCUACAAGACAAUAUUAUUGUUGCUCCUAUAAAUUAGAAUUUGUUUAUAUUUAUGGUUGUCCAGAACAUUCAUGAAAUAUUUGCCACUGGACGUUAAGCAAAAAACAACCAAGCAAUAUAUUCAUGGAUUUGGAUUCUGGAUGCAAUAUAAUACUUUUAGUUAAGCUGAUAUUACAUAUGCGUGAAAAAUGAAUGAAGCAUGCCAUGUAGAUAACUAUUUAUCAAUGCGUAGACAGUUGGAGUAAAAUCAGGUCCAUAGAUAUAUACAUGAACAUUAGCCUAGAAAUUAAUUAAAUUUUUAAAUGACAUUAUUCAUUGAAUAUCUAAAAUAUAUAAACAUGUAUCUCAUAUCAUCACCUUGUUACUACAACUAAUAUUUACAAACAUACUGUGAAUGGUGUCUUUUUAAGAAUUAAAUUGUUACUUAUGUGCUGUAUAUUUCACAUGGAACAAAAUUUAUAAAAGCAAAGUCACAACACACCAGAAAAUGUACAUUACAAGGUAUUGGAAAGUGUAGUGUUAUUUACUUUGAAGGAUUUUUUGUUGGUCAUAUCUUCACUAAAUUUCAUCAUUUGGUGUUCAAUUUAAAGUUCACAUUACAAAUGAAUUAAUAUAUCAGAAACUGUUAGUCUUUUGAAAACUCAUUCAGCAUAGGAACUUGUUUAAAUAGUAGAGGCCAUUAAGUGCCUUUAUUUCUCAAGGAAAUUGUUAUCUCUCCAAAUUAUGUGUUAUGCUUGGAUCACAAUAAUUAUGUUUCUCCUUUCAAAUAACACACAAAGUACUGCUUAAUUUUGCGGAUAUGCCACAAAUUUAUUGUACUAUAUA